AGUUGCUUGAAGAAUCUCUUAGAAAACCCUCAUCGUGAUCGUCUGAAGAGCAAUUUUCAAUUGUGUCUGUUUGAUGUACUUGCGUAUUAUCGCAACCGGAUUUUCACGAUAAUGUCACUUGCUUCCCGCUCUGUAAAUUUAAAAAGAAAUAUAUGCAGAAUCACACUGACAAUGUUAACUUCAUAUAAAAAACAUUGUUUAGGUAGGGAGAACAUUGUAAAAUUUAAGGAAUGUGUGCUUGAUUCAAGCUAUGCUGUUUUCCGACAUCUAGUCACUCUAAAUACACGUUCCAUAUCCCCAGCAAUCUUGACAGCAAUAGCAGACAAUUUCUCCCCGUACAAAAAGUGUAACCCAGCAAGUGAACCAUCUACAAGUAAACCAGCAAGUGAACCAUCUACAAGUAACCCAGCAAGUGAACCAUCUACAAGUAACCCAGCAAGUGAACCAUCUACAAGUAACCCAGCAAGUGAACCAUCUACAAGUAACCCAGCAAGUGAACCAUCUACAAGUAAACCAGCAAGUGAACCAUCUACAAGUAAACCAGCAAGUGAACCAUCUACAAGUAACCCAGCAAGUGAACCAUCUACAAGUAACCCAGCAAGUGAACCAUCUACAAGUAACCCAGCAAGUGAACCAUCUACAAGUAAACCAGCAAGUGAACCAUCUACAAGUAAACCAGCAAGUGAACCAUCUACAAGUAACCCAGCAAGUGAACCAUCUACAAGUAACCCAGCAAGUGAACCAUCUACAAGUAAACCAGCAAGUGAACCAUCUACAAGUAACCCAGCAAGUGAACCAUCUACAAGUAACCCAGCAAGUGAACCAUCUACAAGUAAACCAGCAAGUGAACCAUCUACAAGUAACCCAGCAAGUGAACCAUCUACAAGUAAACCAGCAAGUGAACCAUCUACAAGUAACCCAGCAAGUGAACCAUCUACAAGUAACCCAGCAAGUGAACCAUCUACAAGUAACCCAGCAAGUGAACCAUCUACAAGUAACCCAGCAAGUGAACCAUCUACAAGUAACCCAGCAAGUGAACCAUCUACAAGUAACCCAGCAAGUGAACCAUCUACAAGUAACCCAGCAAGUGAACCAUCUACAAGUAACCCAGCAAGUGAACCAUCUACAAGUAACCCAGCAAGUGAACCAUCUACAAGUAACCCAGCAAGUGAACCAUCUACAAGUAACCCAGCAAGUGAACCAUCUACAAGUAACCCAGCAAGUGAACCAUCUACAAGUAACCCAGCAAGUGAACCAUCUACAAGUAACCCAGCAAGUGAACCAUCUACAAGUAACCCAGCAAGUGAACCAUCUACAAGUAACCCAGCAAGUGAACCAUCUACAAGUAACCCAGCAAGUGAACCAUCUACAAGUAACCCAGCAAGUGAACCAUCUACAAGUAACCCAGCAAGUGAACCAUCUACAAGUAACCCAGCAAGUGAACCAUCUACAAGUAACCCAGCAAGUGAACCAUCUACAAGUAACCCAGCAAGUGAACCAUCUACAAGUAACCCAGCAAGUGAACCAUCUACAAGUAACCCAGCAAGUGAACCAUCUACAAGUAACCCAGCAAGUGAACCAUCUACAAGUAACCCAGCAAGUGAACCAUCUACAAGUAACCCAGCCAGCAAGUGAACCAUCUACAAGUAACCCAGCAAGUGAACCAUCUACAAGUAACCCAGCAAGUGAACCAUCUACAAGUAACCCAGCAAGUGAACCAUCUACAAGUA